UGGUCAGAGCUGAUUACCUUUUAUGGGUUUGGAGUAUUAAAUUCGACCAAUCAGAAACCCGAAAUAAAUUUACCGCGGUUUGAAAACCUAGUUCCGCUUACCAAAUAUGGAAGUGGGACUUGACAGAUUGUAAACACACCUGCUAAUCGACCGGGAGCUCAGCGUCGAUCAGGUGUAAAAACCCACCGAGUGAAUAGCAGGUUUCCACAGUACAAGUAGAAUGGAUAUGUGCCAGACUAAAGAGAUGUACUCCGGAGUUGAGAGUAAUUGGAGAAGAACUGAAGAUGGAUGGAGGCUUUUACCUGGAGUGUUUGUGGGUACAGGGAGUGAGAGAGCAUCUGCUUCCGUUUUGACCAGAGCUCGGGGCUCUCGCUCAACAAGUAAAACUUCGAAAACAGAGUCCAACAACACCGUCCGAUUCGUGAGGAUAGCGGGCGCCAGUCGACCUCAUGACGGCACCAGCCAAGAAAGGUGCGACAGCCUUAUACCAGUCCGACAGCCUCACCUGACAGGAAUACAGGGUAUUGCAACAGAUAGGAGAAUAUCAUGUGGUUUGUCGACAUCCAUUGAACGCUUAGAGAUCACCGAUGUCACGCUGGAAGUUAGUGGAAUCCGGUACUGCUGUCAGAUAUUUGGUAUUCUGUUUGAGCAGAAAAUCGGCAACAUUAGCGGCACAACACUGAGACUGAUUUUUCGUGUUCUAGGAGAGGUGGUUUCAGAAUCUCUAAUCAAUGAGACGAACAUCAGCUUGAUAAAGGGGUUGUUGAAGAAAGCGUCCAACUCUCUAAGUGACGUGUCUAAAGCUACUGGCAGCAGAAGUCUGUGGAAGAGGCACAGGGACAUCGUUAGUAACCUGGCAACGCAAGUAGAAGCCUUUCAGUAUACACAGAGAGAGGACGAUGACCUGCCACAACUUCUAGAUAUCCCAAAGGAGUGUCUACAUUACAUACUGGAACGACUCUCCGACCCUCGGGACCUGGCCAAUGUGGGCACAACAUGCUCUUACCUUCAUGACCUUGUCACGGACAGGUUAUUAUGGCAACAGAUGUGUCUGUUCCACUUCACCGACAAACAGCUGUAUCCGUACAUUUGUGAUGAUGAGUACAUUGGAAUCGAUUGGUUCAAAGCAUUUCAACUAUGUUACCAAAGCCAUAAACGCCUUCGAGUGGUCUAUGCCAAUGAACUAUGCUUCUGUAACCGCUGUCGUGCAGUUUUCUGGAAGAACCUCGGCCACCCCUGUCGCAACCCUGAUGGAAUACCGUCCUCCUCACCAUUGUUGCCAAUGGAAUUUGUUGAUAUGUUACAUCUCUGAGUUAAUCUGUGUUUUAAAUUCGAA